UUUAAAAAAAAAAAUAAUAAAACACAGGAUAAUUAAUAAUAAUGAGAACUGCUUACGAAAUAAUAAGUGCAAUUAUAUUUGUACUGAUUAACGUCGUGUUGGUAUCAGUUGUAUUUUAUUUUAAUCAACAUCCAAGUAAAAAAUAUCGAAAUAAAAAAUUAAACCCUGAAGAGUUAGCUGAUGCUAUAUUUCAAGAUAUCAAAACGCAACCAGAAUAUUAUACUUAUGAAAAAAAAGCUAAUGGAAAAUAUCGUGUUUAUAAGAUAAAUCGUUAUGAAAAAUCGAUAAAUACUUCAAAACCAACCUUCACCUAUAAAGAAGAACCAGAAUAUGAAUAUCCAGUUGAUUUUGAUGGUAAUAAGUCAAUACCCAUGAACAAAAAUACAUUUACAAUAAGACAUAGGAGCGAUGGUUUUGAAAUACCUGGAGUAGAAAAACAAUUUAAGUGUCCAAAUAAUUACUAUUGGAAUAAAGAAACAAGUAAAUGCAUUGAAAAACCUCUGUGUGAUAAAUAUGAUGAUUCAUUCUUAGAAAUUGUAGAUCGUUAUUAUAGUGAAAUAGACAAUCCAUCGAUUACACCAGCAACCGAAUUAACUAAUAAAAGGAGACAUCAGCGUUUGUACAUUAAGUGUUCAUCAAAAUACAAUAAACCAAUUAUUCAAAGUUGUAUGGAGGUAAAUGAAAAAAUAGAUUUUACCAUACUCAACUCAAAUAGUAAAAAAAUACCUUGCAAAGUAUAUGAUGUAUGUCAAGAUUUUCCCGAAGGAACAUGUCAUCAUUAUACAAUAAACUAUAAUUAUGAUGAUGCAUUAAAAGUAAAUCAUUACUAUCAGUGUAAUAACAAAGUGAGUGUAAAACACAAAUGUCCACACAAUUAUGAAUUUAAUGAAAAAUAUUUUGAUAAUAAUAAUGUUUGUAUACCAAAAAAUCAUUGCAGAAAUGAUACCGAUUAUUAUUUUACAACAUCACCUAAUUCUUACUCAAUUUGUUUAUCUAACAAGAAAAUUGAUAAAUCAUGUGAUGGUCUAGGUAUAAUUAAAUUAACUAAUAGCACAUAUCAAUGUAAAAUAAAUAAAUAUCUUUCUUAUACAGAAUACUCAAAUUAUGAAUUUAAUGGAUUUACUUAUAACGCUAAAUCUUAUAUUGGGUAUAAAAAAUAUCCACUACGCAAUAUGGUAUUUGAUAAUUGGUUUCAUGAAAGAUUUCCAAACAUUUGGAAGAUUAUAGAAAAUAAACAUAUAAAAUUACCAAGUACUCCGAUUAAUAACGAUAAAUUAUUUAAAUAUAAUAAUAUGAAAAAAAAUUAUUAUGAAAAUUCUAAUGACAUGCUUAUACCCACGAAAUUUUACUUUUCAACUCAAAUUAAUAAAUGGACAUUAUUUGAUGAAUCUAAACUAAUUAAUGAUAUCAAUGUGUAUAAAAUGUUAAAUAAAUUUAAACCAGUAAGAAUAUCAGUAUCUAAUCUAUUUGAUCAAGUAUAUUGUAAACUUGAUAGUGAGAAAUAUUUAAAUCAUAUGAAAUCAAAAUCAUCAAAAACUGGCUCAACUGACUAUUUUAGAGUUGAACUUGAGCGAAGCAAAUUUAAUUUAACAAAAGUGGAGGAAUUUUGGAUUAUUAUUAACGCUAACAUUUAUCAUUAUAAAUUUAUUUCAGAUACUGAUAAUAAUAUAAAUACUACCAAAUUAGGCCCUAGUAAAGAUUAUUAUUCAUUUAUUGAAACAUCUAUUUUACAACCAGUUAAAAUAAACCCGGUCGAAAUUAUUGCUAGUGCAUUAAGAGAAGUUGAAGGUAUGCAUUACGCUUACUGCAUUAAACAUGAUAAUUAUUUUACUGUUAAUAAAUCUAGUAAAAUAAAAAAUAAAAUAAUUUGUCAUACAGAUUUGAUGACUUUACUAGAAAAAGAUAAAGAUGUUAUUACAAUUGAUAUAUUAAAAUUAAAUUUAAAUAAUCUUAAAUCAAUUAAUAAUAUAUUACCAAGUGAUUUUCCGGAAAAUGAAUUUAGUUGGGAUAAAUUGUAUGUGGGUAAAUAUUAUUAUGAUGAAAAUAAAAAGCAAUUAAUAAUUUGGCACAACCAUUUAUUUGUUUUACAAUUAAAAGAUAAUAUUUCAAAAGUAUUAAAAAACGAAAUAGAUACAAAGAAAUUGAAAAUUGAAAAUGGAAAGUUUGAGUAUAACAAUUUUCCAACUAACGUUAUUGAUAUAGUCUAUACAAAUGUUAAAAAUAAUAAUUUAUAUUAUCAUACAAAUAAACAUUUAACGGCAUUAACAACAACGUUUAGUUAUUACAAAAUUAAUUAUGAAAAACCAGUUGUACAUUGGUUAUCCUAUAUUCCACUUCAUCCAGAACUCUUUAAAUCAGGAGAACCAAGUGAUAAAAUUGAAAAAGGAGAUAUUAUUGAUCAUAUUGAUAUAAUUUAUCCAAAACUAGAUGAAUCAACAAAAAGAGAAAAUCUCAAAAAUAUUAUAAAUUUGGAACCGUUUACAUUGAACUUGAUCGAAUAAUUAUAAGUUAAAAUUUAUUGAUUCAUAAUUUAAAAUAACGA